AUGGAUGCAAUUGUCAGCAAUAGCAACACUGCUGCUGACAAUGAUCACCCAAACGAACAUAUCCCCGAGGCAGCACAAGAGGACCAGAGUGAGCAGUCUCUAUCAAAGGAUUCUGACCCUUCAAAUAACGUUGAUGAUAAUGAAGAGGAGGAGGAGGAGGAGGACUUGUUUGAACCCUAUGUAAACGAAAAUCCGCCGGACAUUUUCGGAGAAGCAGAUGAAGACAGGCAGAUAGUGGAAAGUAUUGCACAAUUCGGCUUUGAGAGCAUGCAUUCAGAUAGCGAAAAUAUCGAAGAUUUGUUUGAGCCUUGGGUGAACGAAAAUCCGCCGGACCUUUUCAGAGAAGCCAAUGAUGAUGAUGAAGGUGAUGAUGCUGAUGAUGAUGAUGAAGGUGCUGAUGAUGAAAUGGAAAACACUGCUGGCGACGAGGAAGACGCUGAAAACGAUGCCUUUUCAGCUGAUGCCAGUGAUCAUCAUGAACACGACGACGAUGAGGAAGAAGCAGCAGCAGCAGCAACAGAAGCAGCUUCACAAAGCGACAACGAGGCAAAUGUCAGCGAUGCCGAAAGCGAAAACGCCCUUGUACUGGACCUCAACUCAGACAACGAGGCGCCAGACA